CGCGCACGCUGCGUUCAGUGUUGUUGUGACGUUCGAGCGGGCAGGUCUUGCGGUGCGAUGGCGCGACGGCCGCUCAACAACUUGCGCCGGUAGUGACUUCAUGAAAUCAAAAUUAAUUAAUAAUGAAUCAGUUCUGAAGUCUUACCGCAGUGGAACGAAGAGGAAAGAGUACUUGAGUUAGUUCAUAGUGGAUCUCAGUAAGCUACUAAGGUAGCGGUUACACGCGAUGAGCGAAGAGGACGCGCAAGCGAGUACUGGUGGCAUACACGGAUGGGGCUUCACUCCUACUGGAGACCCGCCCCCCGCUUCAGUCGGUACUAACGACCCCCCGAAAUCAAAAUGUCUCCCAGAAGCAAUAACUAGGGGUUGGAAAAGAACUACAUUAUAUGGAAUUUUACUUGUAUUAAUGAUAAUUAUAUUUUUAAAUAUAGCACUAACAUUGUGGAUAGUUAGUGCGUUAAGAUUAAGUAUGAAAGGAAUUGGUCCUAUAAAGAUAAUAAAAGAUGGGAUACAAUUAGAGGGCCAAGCAUGGAUAGUAGACAAGUUGGUAGCGUCGACAAUAACAUCGCCAAUCGCUCAACCUAUCACUCUGCACUCGUUCCGGAAUUUCACCGUCCUCGUCUCGGAUCCUAAUCAUGUUGAAUUAGCAAAGAUGUUCAUAAAGAGAGAUAGUAUAGAAUACAGUGGAAGAAAAUUUGAAGUGUUCGACUCUAAAGGUGGGAAGGUAUUUCAUGCGUCGCGCGACGAGGUGCGUGUAUUCGCAGAGGCAUUCGCAGUCGAUAGCGAAGCAGGCCUCACCGUGAAUAGCGCAAUCCAAGCACCACUCAUUCGUGCGCCGCCGAGCUCCAAAUUGCAAUUGGAAUCGCUAACUAGAAGACUUGAUUUACGAGCACCACAGUCCAUCUACCUGGAGAGCAGAGCGGGCGGCAUAGAUAUUACUUCGCAUAGUGACAUUCGUCUGGAUUCUAUUGUUGGUGCUAUACGAAUCGACGCUCCAAAUAUAGUAAUAGAUAAUCUCAAAAUAGCAAACACGACUACCAAUUCUCAGAAAUAUAACCGAGCUAACAAAGUGUAUCAACUGUGCGCCUGCGCAUCGGGAAAGUUGUUCCUCGCUGCGCCAGAUGCUGUUUGCGGAAUACCUGAGAACGAUACAGAAUUAUGUCGAUGAUGAACAGCCUUGAAGCCUCUAUUUGAUUGAAAUUUGAGAUAGAAAAGAUCAAAAAAUGAUCGAAGUACAUUCCGAUCCAAGAAAUCGACGGAAUGUUCCUGAAAUAACUUGUUAUGGCAUCACCGACCUUGAUGGCUUCAAACAGCUUUUAUUUGUACCUAGAUAUAAUUAACCGGAUUCCAGUUUAAGCAUUUAUCAAAUAUAUAAACUUACUAUAUGAAUUUCCACAGGUUAAAAUAAGCAACGAUAGCGUUAAAUUAGAACGUUAGAACGAACAAGGAACAAAGCAAUAUACAUAUGUAUAAAUGUUAUUGAAAACACGAUUUUAUUAAGUUAGUUACAUAAUGAUAUAGAAAAAUAUUUAAUGAUAAAAUUAUAAUAUUUGUAUAUAAAAUGAAAUACGUAUAUUAUCACGUUAACGUCCUUCAAAUUUUGCACAAACGAAAUAAACAUUAUAACACGUU